AUGACUCAAGAUACACUCGCUUUCCAAUGUGCUUUUGUCACUGGUGGAGGAGGUGGUAUCGGCCGUGUAUUGGCUGAGUAUCUAAUCUCCAAGGGCAAAAAGGUUCUUAUCGCUGGCCGAACAGAGUCAAAUCUCCAGUCAACAGCGAAGGAAAUCAGUGCUGCGGGAUAUUACGUUCUCGACACGGGCAAAACAUCUGAUAUUCCUGCCUUUGUCAAGAAGAUCACCUGCGAACACCCAGAACUCGAUUGUCUGAUCAACAACGCCGGUGUCCAGCGUCCCAUUGAAGUCCUCAAGGAUGACGAUUUCCUGGACAAAGCAGAUCAAGAAAUUGACAUCAAUAUCCGCGGGCCCAUGCAUCUCGCUCUCAACCUCAUCCCUCACUUCAAAGAGAAGCCCAACGCCCUGAUCAUAAACGUCUCAAGCGUGUUGGGCUUCAUUCCCUUCUCCAUCAUCAACCCGGUGUACAACGGCACCAAGGCCUGGUUGCACUUCUGGUCCAUGAAUUUGCGGACGCAGCUUAGGGAUACCAAUAUUCGUGUCGUGGAACUCGCACCGCCCAUGGUAGCUACCGACUUGCACCGGGAGCGGGAGAACCCCGACGAUAACAAGAAGGAGUAUUCACCUCAAACAUUGACGGUAGAGGAGUUUAUGGAUGAGAUUACACCCAAGUUUGAGAGAGGUGAUGAGACGAUUAGUGCUGGAAUGGGAGCAGAUGUAAUUGACAAGUGGUUUGAGACGUUUGGGGAGAAAUAUGAAGGGGCCGAGAAGGGUUAUAAGAAAUAG